AGGCAAAAGCUUGUUGAAGUGCCAAGGGCUUGUGCUUUAAGAGGAGAAACACAUCGGUAAGAACACCAUCCCCAAUCACCAAAAAUCACCGAGAGGCUCCUUUUAUGUUCUGACAUAUUUGGUUUGAUAGCUCGAAGCUAAGCGUGAAGAUAAUCCUUUGAUUGCACCAUCUUUCGGGACUCGAACACAACUUGAUUUGUUUCAAGUUUUCUCCGCACCCAUUUGUUUAAGCGACCAAUAAAAGGAGGCAGCAAGAAGAGGAAAAAAAGAAGGGGGAAAAAAGAAAUUUGAAAAAUUAAAGAAGAGAUUAUGGCCGAGGCAAUUGUUUACCCUGUUGCGUCGAAUCUUUUGUCGAAACUCGGCGAGUGCCUCUUUGCUCCCAUUGGACGCCAAUUUGAGUACGUGUUGUGCUACAAGAGCUAUGUCAAAGAACUCAAAAAUGGAGUCAAAGAACUAGAGACUGCGAGGCAAAGGGUGCAAAGCUCCGUUGAUGAAGCCAUGUAUGACGGAAAACUUAUAGACGUGGAUGUUGAGAAUUGGUUGAAGAGUGUGAAGGACGAGACCGAGAAGGCAGAUGACCUGUUAAAACGUAAUGAAAGUGCAAAAGAUGCUUGCUUCUGUGGGUGGCUUCCCAACCCCAUGGUGCGCCAUCCUAUUGGUAGGAAGGUGAAAAAGAUGACUCAAGUCAUCCAAGGACUCCAUAAGGAAAGCAAAAAUAGUAUCUUCCAGAAGGUCUAUUAUGAGAAUACUCCCAAAGGAACCGUCACCACUACCACUUUCGCUGCAAGAUCUGUUGACAGGAAGGAAGAUGUCCCGGAGUCGAGGGCUUCAAUCAUAGAGGUUGUAAUUAAGGCUAUAACUGAUGACAAGGUCUGUGUGAUUGGAGUGUAUGGACCGGGUGGGGUUGGCAAGACGAAGCUUAUGGAGGACGUAGAAAGGCAAGUUAAGGAAGAGCAGCUAUUCGACGUGGUUGCCACGGCAAAUGUAUCACGCGAUUUAGAUGUAAAAAGAAUCCAAGGAGAACUUGCUAAUGCACUGGGUCUAAAGCUAGUGAAUGAGGAAACUGUUCGUGGGAGAGCACAUUGUUUAUGCAAGAUGUUACAGAAAUAUUCUGAGAAAAAGGUUCUCAUAAUUUUAGAUAAUUUGUGGACGAAGUUAGAGUUGAAGGAAGUCGGAAUCCCUUGCGGAUAUGAUAAUAAAGCAAGAGGCUGCAAACUAUUGCUAACGUCUAGAUAUCGAGAUGUUUUGUACAUUGAGAUGAGCUCUGACCGAGAAUUUUAUCUCAAUGUGUUAAAGCAUGGAGAAGCACGAAUCCUUUUUGAAAGGAUAGUGGGGAACACAAUUAACAACCCUAAAUUUGAGAGCUUGGUGGAUGGAGUGGUCAAGAACUGUGGAGGCUUGCCUCUUUUGAUUGUCUCGGUGGCAAAAAGGUUGAAGUGUGGAGAUAUGCCUGAAUGGAGGAAUGCUUUGACCAAUGCAGAAGGGACAACUGUAAAAUCAAUAGUGGAACAAAAUUACAAUGACCUACAAGAUGAGAGGAUCAAAUCAUUGUUCUUGGUUUGUGCUCUAGACUCUGGGAGACCGGACAUAAGUCAUACCCUUGUCUAUUGCAUGGGUUUGGGUUUAUAUGAAAAAUUCAGCCAGACCAUCGAAAACGCUAGAAAUAGGUUGAUUAUGGAUCUACAUCACUUGCUUGACUCUUCUUUGUUGCUAGGUAGUGAUGACCUGGAACAGUUGAGCAUGCAUGACUUAUUUAUUGACGUGGUUGUCUAUAUGCGCAACAAAUUUAUUGGCAUGGAAUGGAACACCUUGGUUGGGAGAAAGGAUUUUGGGUUUAAAGAGUGGUCGAAGAAUGAUCUCAGAAAAUGCACUGCAAUGGCCUUCAAUUAUGUUGGCAUUGAUGAACUUCCUAAAAAAUUGGACUGCCCAAACAUGAGGAUUCUUCUGUUAUUAGAACACAACCGAUUUCUCAAAAUGCCCGAGUCAUUUUUCGAAUCUAUGGAGGAGCUCCAAGUCUUGGACUUGACUGGCUUAUCUUUUACCUCCCUACCUUCGUCGAUGGAGUUACUUAAAAACCUCACGUCACUAUGUCUUGAUUCAUGCUGUUUGGAGGACGUGACUACUCUUGGAAAGCUAAAAGGAUUGCAGUUCCUCAGUUUUUUAAACUCUACAAUUGCUCGGCUGCCCAAAGAAAUGGGUGAACUAACUGAAUUGAGAUUUUUGGACUUGCGAAGCUGCACCGAGCUUAGAGUUAUUGAACCUGGCAUGCUCGAAAGCUUGGUUAAUUUAGAAGAACUGUAUAUGCAAUAUAGUUUUGAUCAGUGGGAAGCCGAGGAUGAAACCCCGCGAAGCAAUGCUAGCCUGGCUGAGUUCAAGAGCAUGAAUAAGUUGAGCACUUUAUACAUCGCCAUUCCUCGUUUAGCCAGUCUCUCAAGAGACUUACCAUUUGGGAAACUAAAUAAGCAUAAAAUCCUAAUUGGGGACAUUUGGGAUUGGUCAGAUGAAUACGAAGAAUCCAGAACUUUAAAACUCAAGCUAGAUUCGGGCAAUCUUCUUCGUGAAGUGUGGGUGCGGAGAUGUUUGCAAAGAACACAAUAUCUCAACUUGGCGGGAUUGCAAGAUAAUCACAGCAUGCACAAUUUGUGCUUCGGAGGUUUUCAGGAAUUGAAGCAUCUUCACAUACAAAAUAGCCCCUCACUUCAGUACGUUGUUCACUCCACGGAGGACAUUCAGUGCACUGCAUUUACGAGAUUGGAAUCGUUGUUUCUCGAGAAUCUAAACAACUUGGAGAAGAUUUGUUGCGGUCGCCUUGCCUUAGAAUCCUUCAGCAUAUUAAAGAUUUUGAAAAUGAAUAGCUGUGGUGGAAUCAAAUAUUUGUUUCCUUCCUCCGUGAUAGGAAACUUCUUGCAGCUAGAAGAGAUUGAAAUAAGUAAAUGUCACUUGAUAAAGCAAAUUGUCGCAAAUGCCGAGGCAGACGAAGACGGAGAUGAAAUAGAUGUUGAUCCCAAAGUGAAGUCAUGCAAUUUGCGUAGGUUAACAUUACGAAACUUGCCAGAGAUGACAAGCUUUUGUAAAACUAUGGACCAUUCGGUCGUACUCUUCGACAAACAACAGCUAAUAAAGCUACAAAAUUUGGAGGCUAUAACCGUUGAAAAAUGUCAAUUAAUACGAGAAGUAUUCGACCUUGAGGAACUGACAAUUAUGGGGGAUGUUGAGAUUCUAUGUCGAUUGACUAGAUUGACCUUGAGCGGCUUACCAAAUUUGGAACACAUAUGGACCAAGGAUCCAAGCAGAGCAUUGUGCUUUCGAAACUUAAAGGCACUGAAGGUGCAAAAUUGUGAGAACUUGAGGUUUCUUUUUUCUUCUUCCAUGGCUAAAGCACUCGUGCAGAUAAAAGAAAUCGAAAUAGUGAAUUGUGUACUUGAUGGAAGAAGUUAUGUAUGCGCAAGAAGAAGAAUUAGUGGAAGCUACAACCACUGACACUUUUGAGUUUCCUUCGUUAACCUCCUUGUCUCUUGUGGAAUUGCCAAAUCUCAAGACAUUCUCUUAUGGAAAGUACUGUAUUCACUUUCCAUCCUUAACAAGA